CCGAGCUGAACUCUCUAAGCCAAGUACAAGUCCAGUCCGAGCCAAGUCUCUUUUCCGACGAAGAAGAAAGAAUAACAAAUCCGUUAAGAGAUCGUCGUCUACGAGUCCAAACGUUAAUGGCGCCAGCGGCGUCGACAGAGACGAGUGAAGAAGCAUCCGUUGGCGGCCCUACAACUCUGAUCUCUCGGAUGAGCUGGCAUUAGCAAAUGGCACACAGACAAUAGCAAUUACCCUCUGCAAUUGCUUAUGCAACCGAAACAGCAAUCUUCAAUUGACAUUUGGAAUAAAAGCACAGCAAAGCAAGGCAAAGUCGGAAAAUUAAAGCCUCUGGCAACGGCAACGGCGGAGUGAGUUAGCUCAGUUCAGUUGAGGUGAGGUUGAUCUCUGUCAAUCAUGGACGGACAGAAGCCACUUGAUGUUGCCGCCGCCAUGACUAAUGAGACGUCAUCAUCGGCGGGUGGGUUGAGACGUCAGCCCACCAAAUAUCCCCAUGGCCUAAACAUAACAGUUCAGACGAUAGACGAUAAUGUGGUCGACGAUGAUGACUACUCCCGCGCCUCGACCCUACGCAGCAGCUCUUCCAGCGAGGCCUGCUGGACUGAGACGCAAAAGUAUCGCAUCGGCAUGCUGGGUAAUCCGGAAACAUUAGCCGAAUUGCAGGUGCGUCGCUAUAAGUAUCCGCUCAAAGCCAACUAUUAUCUAAAUGGCGGGGGCAUGGGUAAUCCUCAAGGAAAGCCCACGGCCACUCCGCUGAUGCUUUUGGGCUAUGCGAAACGGGCUUGUCGCUGGAAAUAUAUGCGAUGGCCCAUUAUAUUCGUGGCCAGCGUUCUGUUGUUUUUUGGCCUGAUCACCUACUGCCUGUGGUUGCACGAUGUCAGCGUGGCACGGGCACGUUUCCUGCAGCGACGCUAUGAGGCAUCACUAACAUCGACGAGCACAGAGGGAGGUGGAGGUGGUGCCUGGAACGAUGAUGAGGAGACAAUGGACGUGAUGACAACGGCGGCAACAACUGAGCAUGAUCAUGAACAGCACGAGUCCACGAGGCUUCAGCCGAUUGAUAUUAUUCAUAGGGAAUUCUCAACGGAAUCGGCAGAGAUGACAGAGGACAACGAAGAAGCGGUGGAGGAGCGACCAGCAGAGGGGGACGAUGACUACGAUGAUGCCUUGCUACCUGCAGACAGUAUUCGCUUCACAUCGGGCCAUCAAAAUAGCUUUGGUGUGCCUAUCGAGCAGGAUAAGAGAAUGUUGCAAUUGCUAAAAGAAUUGCUGCCGAAACCGCAUUCAACUCCAUCGGGCAGUGUGCAGCCACUGACCCGCGUCUCCCCCACACUGCCACCGCCACAGUCGGCAGUCAGUGGGAAGCCGACGGCAGCAAUGACCACGACACCGUCGAGCAACUCUGCCGGCUGUUACUCCACAAUGUUGCCCAUGUGCCGCGGCGUUCUCGACUACGAUCUAACCUACAACAAUGGUAGCUCAGCGCCGCGGGACUCCAUCUCGAUGGCCGCCUACGAGCAGCUCAUUCAGGCCAACUGCUCGGCUCGGGCUGUGGAGUUUGUGUGCGCCACUUUGGAACCAGAAUGUCGACCCUCUCAUAUUGGCCAGCUGCCGCCUUGUCGUCGCAUCUGCAAAGCCAUCCUGGAGGCCUGCUCCAUCGUGAUUGCUAAUUCGGAUGCAUUGAGUGAACUAUUCGACUGCAGUUUCUAUCCCGACUCGCAUGAGAAUCACAAAUGCGAGGAUCCAACACGCAGACGGGAUCAUUGCUAUGCCAGCGAGUUCCAAUGCCACGACGGUAGCUGCAUUCCCCAGCAAUGGCAAUGCGACAACAUCAAGGACUGUGCCGGGGGCGAGGAUGAGGACGAGCAGUGUCUGGUGUGUGAGCAGCAGGAUGAGUUCCGCUGUCGUUCGAAUGAGAAGUGCGUUCCAGAGAACCAGCGCUGCGAUCUCAACUACGAUUGCGCCGAUGGCAGCGACGAAGAGGACUGCGAUGACUAUGGUUCGGGGGACUCGACGCCCUUCGAUGAAGCCGAACUAAAUGCCUUCCCCAGGAUAUUUUCCUAUGCCAGUUUUCUGUCCCCAAAUGAGACGAAUGAUAAACUUUAUACAUAUAUCACAGCCACCACAGAUGAGGAGGCCGGCACGGAAACUAAGUAUCAACUACACCGAGUCGAAGCGCCCAAUAGCCCAACAGCCAACAGUUCUGAAGAGGCCAAUGGAGGACCCAAGGGUUUUGUGAACUUUCGAGAUAGCAAAGAGAUCAUGAUGACUAGUGACUCGGAGAACAAGUUCAAGUAUUCUGCACAGCGGACCAAUCGCACCACAAGUAAAUUUAGUCUAGUUCCCUCGACGACACCUGCAGCUCGAACGGCCAGUGCUAUUCCGAGUUCAGCUCUGCUGCAGCAAAGGGAAAGGGAGCGAAGAGUGUCCACCACCACCACCAGCACCACAACACCAAGAACCACAACGACUGCCACAACUUCAGCCACAUCAACUAAUCCAACAACCAGAUCAAGUCCGGGGAGCACCUCAUGUCAGCCCCAUGAAUUGCGCUGUGUGAGUGGCAAGUGCAUUACCGUUAGUCAGUUGUGCGAUAAGCAAGUCGAUUGCCCCGAUGCCGCCGAUGAACUCAUGUGCGUCUAUCGAGAGCGUCCGAGUGGCAGACGUGGAAGUAGCACAAGCACCACACGAACCAGUUCGAUAUCAUCAUCAUCUUCAUCAUCAUCAUCAUCAUCAUCGUCAUCAUCAUUAGCAGCUGCUACCAUUCUUCCGGACUCCCCAACGCCAUCAACAGUGAUGACCACAACAACAACAACAAGACGCUCGAUUAGGACCACCCCAAAUCGAAGUCGAAAGCCCAAAUCUUAGACAACUUUUCUCCAUAUAAUAAUA